GCCACCCCAGGGCUACCAUUGGCUGGAGGAGUUUCUUGUUGGCCAAUCAAAGCUGAAGGGUAUGGUACUUCAUUGUCCCAGGGAGGGUAUAUAUAGAGAGGUCAGGAGCUCUGGAGUAGGCCAGUAGGCCACUGUUGCUCCAGCAUGGCAGAUGUUACUGAUAAACCACAGGAGUCUAGCUCAGAUAUGGAAAAACCAACCACAAGCAAAAAAUGCCAUACUCUAAGCACCAAAGAGAGGAAGAACUGGAGGAUCCCCUAUCAAUCCAAGAAGAAAGAAAGGGACAAGGUACAGAAGAUAAUCAUGAGAGUAAAACUGGCCCUCCAAAAAAGCUCGAAAAAACGUAAAUCUGGAAAAAAGCCAACAAUAUUAGUUUGUUAUCACAGGCAGAAUAAAAGAAAGAAUAAAAAUCAGCCAAAGAAGGACCAAGAGAUCUUGGAAGAAUCUCUUAUUCCAAAUAAUGCCCCGUUUCUACCCAGGGCCCAAGAACCAGAACUAUCUGUCUCGUCUCCAGAGAAAACUCCAGAGACAGGGUCUCCUGAGCAGUGAGACCAAAUAUCCUACCCCAAGGUACUUGGAUGUUGAUGAUUGAAAUAUAAUAAAGAAAAAAGUUGUGAAAAGGAA